GGGACGGGAGGAGGCGGGGCGAUGAUCAGUGGACAGACGGUGAGCUGAGGAGCCAGAGUCAGUUGAUGUCCCGUCACAACAUCCAGGUGAACGUCACCGGCAGACAGGAUGAUUCGGCCGCUGCUGAUGUGUUUCGUGCUCUGUGUCGUCUACGGCAGCAGUAAACCAACAGAGAAGAAGAGUCGCGUUCAUCAUGAAGAACCUCUCAGCCACCUUGAACACGAUGACGCUAAGAACUAUGACUACGACCACGAGGCCUUUCUGGGCCAAGACGAGGCCAAGACCUUCGACAACCUGCCGCCAGAGGAGAGCCGACGGAGGCUGGGCAUCAUCGUGGAUAAGAUGGACAGUAACAAGGAUGGGUUUAUCUCUGAGGAGGAGCUGAAGGUUUGGAUCAAGAACGCUCAGAAGAAGCACAUCUAUGACAGCGUGGAGCAUCAGUGGAAAGACUUCGAUUUGAACAACGAUGGCCAGAUCAGCUGGGAGGAGUACAAGAACGUCACAUAUGGGAGUUACCUGGACGACCCACAGGCGGACACAGAGUAUGACUACAGUCACAUGAUGGCGAGGGACGAGAGGCGCUUCAAGGUGGCAGACAGGAACGGAGAUCUGAUCGCAGACAAACAAGAGUUCACCGCCUUCCUCCAUCCUGAAGACCACGAACACAUGAAGGACAUCGUGGUGCAGGAAACAAUUGAAGACAUUGAUAAGAACGGUGACGGCUUCAUCGACCUGAAGGAGUACAUCGGUGACAUGUACACCUCUGAGGAGAACCAAGAAGAACCAGAGUGGGUGGCAUCAGAACGGCAGCAGUUCUCAGAGUUCAGAGACAAGAACAACGACGGGAAGAUGGACAGAGAGGAAACGCUGGACUGGAUCCUGCCGGCCGACUACGACCACACCGAGGCCGAGGCCAAACACCUGCUGCACGAGUCCGACGCAAACAAGGACGGGAAGCUCACCAAGAAGGAAAUCCUCGACAAAUACGACGUGUUCGUUGGAAGUCAGGUGACGGACUUCGGGGAGGCUUUACUGCGACACGACGAGUUCUAGACACGUAGCAGAUAUUAGAUAGAAAACUUGUUUUAAGAAUAUUUUGUAAACCUGCAGAAGAGAAAAGCUUGUGGUGUUUAAAUUUGGAGUCUGUUACAUUCAGAUGAUGAUCAGUGAAGCACAAAAAGCUUUGACCGCAUGUUUUUCUAAAGCUUCUCCUGCUGCUCACUCCGUUUUUAGGACUUUAUAUUCCGUCCAUGUUUUGGUGUUUGUUGGUGUUCUCACGCUGGGUUUUGUAUCUGAUCAGUUUACUGACCUCUCCUCUCUUUAGUGCCUCACAGGUUUGAUCUGUUUUCAUAUUUCCUUCAUUUCCAUUGAUCACAAAAACAUGUGUGUUUAAAGACUUAAGUUUAGGACAGGAUGACAAGAAGUGGUCUGUGCUUUUAAAAAUAGUUGUUACUCUACAUUUUAUAUCACCCUAAAACACAUUUAUGGAGUUUGUGUUGAAUUUGCACACAGACAGAAAGUCUGACUCAUAUUUUGGACUUCAUGCUGUACUUUAACUUUUACAGCCUGUUUUCAAUAAAAAUAUAAAAUCUAA